UUACCCAAUCUCUAUCUCAUACUGUUCUAACUCAGGUUAUUUUUUUUUAAUUACCAACUUGUGUUUCUCCUCCCUAGCUGUCUCAGUUCUCUUUCCAAACCAAAUACUCUAUCAGACUAAGCUGCCUGAGGUUGUUUCCUGGGGAGUUUGAAAGUGUUGCACCAGUUUGUAAUGCUGUUUUCAGUCUUUGUUCAUCUAAGGAAACAGCAGAAGUCAGCGACACAGACACCCAAAUAGAUCGUAAGGAAGAUAUGUGUUACCACACAAAAAAAAACUUUCUGAAAAGCAUAUAGAUUUCCAAACACUAAGAUAAUCCACAGAUAUAAUUCCUGGUGUAUAGCUGCAGAUACGUUCCCACAAGCAAUUAGCACAGAGACACGCACACACCCACAGACUGCCGCCCUUAUACAGUCACUGACCUCCUGGUCAAUUACAAAACUUCAACAAGUUUUGCAAGUUCCGGCAAGUUUCGCAAGUAUUUUUUUAAAACAAAAAAAUUUCUCUGCCAGUUCGGCAGACUGUACAUUCUAGCCCUUUGCUGCCCUGCCUGUUCUAGCCCUCCUCUUCCAUGUAGCUAAACCCCGUGCCGUUUUCAGCUCAAGUGUCAAAGUGAGUCUCUUCUGGAAGCAGAGCAUGGCGUCUCCGAAAGCCUUGAGGGAGUGGAUAAUGUUGUUCGCGAUCUUCACACUACGGUCUGUUGAAGCACGAGCUGUAGAUCUUGCAUACAAAUCUGGUACAUUGUUUACGUAUAAGUACAAUGUGGAUUUGUUACUGGAGACAUUAUCCAGUCCAGAAACAUUGCCAGGAUCAGGAUUCAGGAUCGAAGCUAUCGUUGGCCUUCAUGUGGUUUGGGAAAACAGCAGCAACCAACAUGAGCAGCUUGUUCAGUUGCAAAUACAAGAAGUGCAAUUGUUAAAUGUAUCAGAACGAAUGGACAGUCAAAGCAUCUUUAAAAAUAUUCCUGCUGAGUCUUUGCUGGGGCCUACCGCAAUGACAGGAUUGAAAGGACCUGUAAUCUUUCACUGGAAUAAUGGAAAGAUAAAAGCUCUGUAUGGCUCUGUUGAUGAAACAGGAUUCAUGUUAAGCCUGAAGCAAGGCCUGGUCAGCCUUUUCCAGCUCCAGCUGAAUUCGGGUACCGUCACUGAGAUUGAUGUAUCUGGCAACUGCAGAGUCACCUAUGAAACUGCCAAUAACCAGGUGACAAAGAUCAAGGACCUCCGUAGCUGUGAAAGGCCAGAGUCUGGAUUUGGAUCAUCCAAUCAGGUUCUGGGAGUUCAGUGGCAGCCCACCUGUAAAGGUCUUUAUUCUUUGGAGAACGGUGUUAUCAAAACAGCUGUCAGUGAAGAGGGUCACGUGAUCAGCCUCAAUCUCCAAUCAACAAUUGGUGCCAAGAUCAGCUCAAGGCAGCAGCUUCAUUACUUGAGUUCAGAACAUAGGCCUGAAGAAUAUUAUGGGAAAAGUCUUCAGGAAACAUUGCACAACCUUGGGAUUGAUACACCUUUAGCUCUGACUGGUACUCCAGAAAAAGUACCCUGCAAAGUGUGUACAUCUGCAAGUGAUUAUUUGAAAAGCCUCAAUAAAAAGACUGCUCUGCAAGAUCUUUAUAAAAUAUCCACAACAAGGACGUUCCUGGCUUUUGUUCAACUACUGAGAGAAGCAAAGAAGAUUGAUAUUCUGAACUUGCUAAAGAAAGCAGGAAACACUGAAAUCUCCUUCCUGAUAGACUCGGCUACGGCAGCGCAGACAGAGUCAUCACUGAGCGCCCUCUCCGAAUACCUGGAUUUCACCAAGGAAGCCCAGAUUCCUCAAUUGCGGACUUUCUUGUAUGCCAGUGCCUUCACCUCACACCCCUCAAAAGAACUUUUACGCAUCUUGCUGGCUAAGCUUCAGAAUAAGGUACCAAGCAGAGAAAUCCAAGAGACCAUUGUCUUAGUGAUUGGAGCAGUGAUCGGCAAGAUGUGCCAGAGGAACCUGUGUAAACUCCAGGAAGUUGAGACUGGAAAGAAAGCGAUCUUGGAGGGGCUGAACGCAGCCACAGAAGAGGCUGAUAUAAAGAUGUACCUCCUGGCCCUUAAGAAUGCACUCCUUCCAGAAACAAUCCCACUCCUGUUAAAAUAUACAAAGUGGAAGACGAGCUCAGUGGCAGCUAUCGCUGUGACUGUACUGCAGAGAUUUCCAAACAUCUAUAUUACCCAGGAGGUGAAGAAACAGAUGAACAUGAUUUUUCACCAGAGCGUGAAUCAGUAUGGGGUACCUGUGCGACUGGCUGCGUUUGACGUGAUUCUCAAUAACCAUCCCUCAGCCAUGGAGAUGAAAAAUAUCUUGCUGUCCGUCGGAGAAAUUGAAUCGGAACUGUCUAAAUUUAUCGUAGCAAAACUGCAGAAUAUUCUGCGCUCUGACCAUCAUCCAGCAAGCAAAUUAAUUCGCAAAGCCCUGAAAGAUCCAAUGAUACAUAAUUACCACCGACUAUCCAGAACUGGGAGUUCGUCAUCCUCCUCAGGAUAUUUAGCAGUUACUAAAGAUAUGGUGACCUCAUACAACAUGGAUUUACUCUUUGGAGACAGUGGUAUCUUACAGCAGAGUUACUCUGAUUUCUUUGUGUCUACGGGGAAAAAUAAACUUCAUGCAAGCCAGGUAUCAAUCGUAGCACAAGGUCUCGACUCAUUUUUCAAAGAAAGCUCGAAGGAAGUUGAGGGUGACGAUGGUGAAGCCAUGGCCGGUAUGUCAGUGAUCCUCUUUGAUGUCCAGCUCCCUCCUGUUGUGUUUUUCCAAGGAUAUAGUGACUUAAUGGAAAAGCUCUGGUCCAUCACUGAAGAACCCACAAGCAUAAUCAAAGGAUCCAUCUUACUUAUUGACCAUCUACAGGCAAUCCGACUACAGUCAGGAAUUCAAGCCAGCACCGAGUUCCAAGGAGGGCUUGGGAUUGACAUUUCAGGCACCAUCGCACUCAGCUUGUGGAGUCAACAAUCGACAACUAACAUCAGGAAUCGGGGAUCAUUGGUGUUCAAUUCAGUUACGAAGGUUGAUACUCCCUUUCUGCGAGUGGGUGUGAACUGCAGUUCGGAGGCUGGAGCUUCUUUGGAUUUUGUCAGUACUGUGAAAUUUUUGGAAUCCCCAAUCCUGAUCUGCCUACAGUUGCUGAAGAAACCGUUCCCAUACAGAGAGACAGUUAUGAUCUAUCAGUCCUUGCGAAAGGAGGAUCAAUUUCUCAUCAAGAGGGCGAGAACAUUGCGAGUUCAAGGCAUGGAGUUACCAUUGCAUCGAGCAAACUCCGAAAUGUGUAAGAAGAUGCUCUCGGAGGAGGUAUAGGUUACAGCCUGGGUGGUGAACUUGUUCGAUGCUGUUAGCACGACUGGGAAUUUCCUCGCAGUUGCUCCCGGCUGUAACAUCACUGCAAAUGCAUCGUAACGCCCAUCGACAGGCCACUCCGAAAAAAACUCCCAGCCUUGGUAUACCUGUUGCCAGGCAAAUUAGUGUUGACCAGUGUCUUUCAAAUGCAAUACUUGAGGUGGUAAAAUUCAUAAAGCAAAUUGCAAAAAUCAGUAAAAGCCAUAGGUACAUAGCAGCAUAUCUCUUGGAGCAGCUCUGUGGUUUUCAAAACCGCUUGUCCAUUUUGCAGUAUACCCCAUGUUGCAAACACAUCAGUGUUUCGUACAAAGCUAUCACCCAUUUCCCUCAGCUCUGCUAUGGUAUUUAUGUUUCACCUUUUACCCAGUUUUUUCUCUGUUCCCACUUCCAAUCACUUUAUCAACCACAAGGUCAAAGCAACGGGCUUUGACUCAGCUGCCUAUUUCUGCCGAGCCUUUUAGAGGUUGGGGAAGUUGUGGUGAGGUUGAAGUUAAAAGCACCUCUUACUGAGAUGAGAAACAGCUGGGAACAGAAGGGUUGGACUUUCAAAAUGUAAUCCACACAAAAAAAGAUUGAUUGAUUUGGUUCUCAUUUACAAAGUUGAAUUUAGUGCAUUGAGAGUUGACCUCCCUGAACGUAGGGUUUCAGUAAAAUUUGCAUAUUUUUCAUUUGGAAAGAAGGUGCCAGAGUUUAAAGUUGAAAUCACUUCGGUAUAAAAACAAUCUUGCUGUCGCUCUGAGCAAUCAGAGUUAUUAUUUGUCUCCACAGAGCCUUGCUCCAUCUCUCCGCAGGAUUCGGUAGCCCUAUCGCAGUCUGCAAACUCUGUGUUCCUGCGACUCUGACCUCUUAUACAUUCUCCAGUCCUUUCAAUUAACAGCUACACAUUUAGCUAUCUAAGUCCUAGACUCUGAAUCUCUCUCUCUCUGUUCCUUGCUCUGUCCUCAGUUAAGACACUCUCCAAAAGCUACACUUUUAACUGAGCAUUACUUUUGACCUUAAUGUCUCUUAACUGAGGCUCAGUGAUAUGAUGUGUUUGAAAUGCUUCACUUUGGUAUGUUUCACUGUGUUAAGGGGCUUUAUAUACAAUUCUAUUGUUUUAUUUCUCUCUCUGCUGCAUUCCCUGGAAGCUGAUUGGCUGCUAGAACACUUAUCCAAGUGAUCCUUCUAAGUGUGUUGAGCCCUGAGCUGUGGGUAUCUGUAGCCAGUUCAAUGGAGUGAGGAGUGAUUGUGUUCCCCAACCAAAGUUGGCAGGCAACGAUUUUCUGGAUCUAGUUCCUGUGGAACUUUCAGGCCAGUUCUUCUCUCUGUAUGUUGGUACUGAGGGCCAUUCAAGGAAGCCUGACUGACUUCCAAGAUGGCAGCAGCAGGGUCAGCAGCAUUUGGCUCCUGAACACGGGCCUCAGCCACUCAUGGCUCUUGCAAUGGGUCCUGCCGCAUCCACACGGCUCUAUCUUUCCAGCACAGUCACGUUUUUUUCUCAUUCUGGUUGCCCUGGGGCUUCCUCCUGCAGGACGCCAGGGUCCUGUGUAUCUCUAGGUGAAAGUGAGGACUGCAGAUGCUGGAGAUCAGAGUCAAGAUUUGAGUGGUGCUAGAAAAUCACAGCAGAUCAGGCAGCAUCUGAUGAGACUGGACUCCUGCUAGUGGUAGGUCUAGAGCCUGGACUGCUGGGGACAGUGGGCCUGGAGCCUGGACUCCUGGCAGCAGUAGGCCCAGAGGCUGGACUCAUGGUAGCAAUAGACCCAGAGCUGGACUCCUGGGAGCACUAGGCCCAGAGCCUGGACUCCUGGCUGCAGUAGGCCCAGAACCUGGACUCGUAGCAACAAUAGGCCCGAAGCCUGGACUCCUGGCAGCAGUGGGUCCUGAGCCUGAACUCCUUGUGGAAAUAGGCCCAGAGCUUGGAGUCUUGGCAAGAGUGGACUUGAAUCCUGGACUCCUGGCAGCAAUGGCCCAGAGCUUGGACUCCUGAAGGUGGUAGGCCCGAGUCAGGACUCCUGAUGGUGGUAGGCCUGGAGCCUGAACUCCUGGCAGUGGUUGGCCCAGAACCUGGACUCCUGGUGGCCAUACUCCCGGAGCCUAGACUCCUAGUGGCAGUGGUCCUGGAGCCUGGACUCCUGGCGGUGGUAGGCCUGGACUCCUGGCAACAGUAGGCCCGAAGCCUGGACUCGUGGCGAUGGUGGGAGCAGCAGAGCCAGAGUCUCCUGGGGAAUCAGCAUCAUCGUUGCUGUUCCCAGUACCUCAAUUUUUGAGGCCCACCUUGCAGAAGCCCUGAAGCUCGGGCCUGAGACCCCAAUUCGAACUGAAGAUGAACUUUUACUUAAGUAAUUUCUUUUUAAACUAACUAUAGCUAAAAAUGGCGCCGGAUUGUGGCAAUACUGUAUCUUCAAGAUGGAUGCGACAAUAAAUCAUUCAUUCGUGCUCAAGAGAGGGCUAGUGUGAGAAAUGGAAGGGAAGAAAAAGCCUUUGAUAAGGAGGGAAUGAUUGUACAAGCUGAGGGUGUGGGAGCAUUGUUUAGGGUUGCAAAAGUAAAUGGGGUCCUAUGUGAUUUUAGUGCUAAACAUGGUGGAUGGGAGAACAUGUUGCAAAUUUGGACAUUGAGGCCAAUGGGCCAAGUCUGACAUUAUUUUCCCUUUUAAAUAACACUAAAGCGAAGUCCAUAUAUGUAAAUUAUUUUAUACCUGACCUCAGGCUAUUUGCUGCAUAAGGGAAUGUGCAAAAAUAAUGAGUUAUGAUUAGAAAUAUUUCAAGGAAAUGACAGGGACUCCAAGAAAAUAUUACUUCGUCAUUUAUUAAAUGAUUCAUCUGAGAUGUGACAUAGUUGGUAAAUGUUGCAUUUUUAAGAGGAUUGAGGUACUUUAGUUCUUACAAUUAUUUCUCAUUCGGGAUUAUUUGUGCCUUAUAUUUGGGUCUGUUGUAGACAUGUUGAUAAAAUGUCUAUUCCAUGCA